CUUUCCGUCAGCUUGAGCAAACGGCAGAUCAGCCACAUGCAAAGAAUAUCGAUCAAAAAAAAGAAAAGGAAAAAAAUAACAGUAUUAGAAGUGUAAGCUUUACCCCCAAAAAAAUAUCCGAAUGGAAUAAACAAUCACAUUAUUGACAAAUUGGGGGGAAAAGAAAGAGAGAGAGAGAGAGAGAGAGAGAGAGAGAGAGACAUUAUCUACCUCGUCAAUCUUAAAUCGUUUUUUUGUUUUUUUUUUAAACAAAAUAGAUAUAUAUAUUUUUAAGAAAACUAUUUAAAAACGUAAACUUUCUACUAUUGUAUUGUACGCAUCGGUGUUAUUAUUAUUAUUAUUAUUAUUAUUAUUAUUAUUAUUAUUAUUAUUAUUAUUUAAUGAUUUUGCAUCGAUCCUUGAUUUGCUCUCCAGAAGCUAUGCAUACGGUUCAAAAGGACACUACUUUCACAAAGAUAUUUGUUGGUGGGUUGCCGUACCAUACCACGGACUCUUCCCUGAGAAAAUACUUCCAGGUUUUUGGAGACAUCGAAGAAGCGGUCGUCAUUACAGACAGACAGACCUCCAAGUCUAGAGGCUAUGGCUUUGUGACCAUGGCGGAGCGGAGCGCUGCAGAGAUGGCCUGCAAAGACCCCAAUCCCAUCAUCGAUGGCAGGAAGGCCAACGUGAACCUGGCUUACCUGGGAGCCAAACCCCGCAGCAUGCAGACAGGUUUUACUCUUGGUGUUCAGCAGAUUCACCCAGCCCUAAUCCAGCGGCAGUAUGGGCUGGCUCAACAGUACAUGUACCCGCAAGCCUUCGUCCAGCCCAGCCUGAUGAUCCCCAGCCAGCUGUCCUCCGUCAGCUCCCCCUACGCCGACUACAAUGCCAUCUGCGCCCAGUACGCCUCGGCCGCCUUCGAGCAGUACCCCUACGCAGCCUCGCCGGGGUUCCUGGGAUACAGCUACCCCCCCACCGUCGCCGCCGCAGCAGCUAGUGCCAUGCAGCAGCCCCUCUCCACAGCCGCCCACACCCCCGCCGCUGCCUUCGUGCAGUACCCCUCCCAGCAGGUCCAGCCCGACCGCCUGCAGUAGAUUGGGCUUGGGGGUGAGUCAGUGGGGGGGACAAGGGCGGCACAAUCACACCAGGGGAGGGAACUUAUUGCACUAUAAUAAAGAGGACUGCUGGCGAGCGGAAGGAUACAGGAUUGCAUCAAGGGCUUCCAUUCCACUUCCCUCCCCUUGUUUGCAAGAAGAAGAUUGUUGUUGAAACCAACAAACUGUAAUCGGCAUGACCAAGGAUUAGCUGGGGAUGCGGUGCUCUGACAGUGGAAAAAGAGGUCAGAUUCCGUUUGGAAAGGUGGGGAUGGGAUGGGACGGGACUAGAAAGAAAUACGAAGAUCUUGAUCAAUUGUAUCACCUGUUAAUCGUCCGCUACCAUUUUACCUUCGCUGCGUUUGGAGGAAGUCUGAGGUACUACAGAACACACAGGCUUGAAAUUGGCACCCUCUGUUCUACAGAAAGAGGAAAUUCAAACCAAGCAGCAGGAGUACUUUGAAGACCGCUGGCUGUUGUUGAUUCUGAAUGUGUUAGAGCUCGUCACUGGAGCUGUCAACACCACAAGCCAAUUUAAAAAACAAAAUGUAGAUAGGAUUCUCUUUCUUUCUUUCUUUCUUUCUUUCUUUCUUUCUUUCUUUCUUUCUCUCCACACACAGAUUAAAUUAUGAUAAGUAGAUUCACAAGAUGAUUUCAAUAUGCAAUUAAGGGGGGAAUGGGGGGGUGGGGUUGGUGAAAAUAAAUAUUUCUGAAGUAGUCUCUGGAAGUAUGGAUUAUUAGAACUGUUCUAAAAUUCUUAAAUGAUGCUUUUUUCUUUCUUUUUUUUUUUUUUUUUAAAUACAAACUAAUUUUUCAUACGUCCAAAGUACACUUGUUUUAUUUUAACUUCUUUUUUUUUUUUUUUAUAGCUGCAGCUUUAAGAUACAUCUACAGUAUUCAUGUCAAGAUAUUUAAGAAAAGAAAAUAGCUGAAAAAGUUACAAACUAUUAUUUUUUUUAUUUUUUUUUGAUGAUCAAACUUCUUUCUAAACUUGAAUAAAGACAAUAAUUUCACACACACCAGGGGGAAGGAGUUUACAAAGAAGCAGCUGUUAGCUGACACGAAGAUUUGAUUACUGUUAUUUAUAAACGUUGGAGCCAUCAAAACGGGCAAAUUGUUUAAAAAUAAAUAAAUAAAUAAAUAAUUAAAAAAAAUAAAUUGUAAAUAUGAAAUGUC